GGAUUUAGGGUUUAGGGAUUAGGAUUUAGGGUUUAGGGAUUAGGAUUUAGGGUUUAGUGUUUUGCUGACAACGUUAAUAAUAUUUUUAAAAAAAAUCUUUUUUUUUGUAACUAUUAUUUUUUUUACCUUUUUAUUUUAAAAAUAUAAUAUAACUUGACAAUAUUUUGUUUCUUUUUUUGGAAGAUAUCGAAUUUGAAAUAAGAAAUCCUAUUGGUUAGUGAAACUAAAGGUUCACCUUAGGGGGUCAACCCAAGAAUUACUCUUGUAUCCAGACAAGUCUUCCCUUUUUUGGUCAUGUUUUAUGGGAUACUCUUACCUUUUAUUCUCCUUUUUUUAUGCAUGCAACUUCACUAAUCUUGAAGUCCAAAACUGAAGUAGUUUAUCGAUUUGGUUAAAUUUAUAUCUGUUAAAAUGGCUUGGAGGGCUGAGACAUGGGCCAUCUUACAAGUUCUUGGCGUUUAACUACAGUCCAAGAACGUGUUCUGGUAAGCAUUUAGCUAUGACUACAGUGAAGACCGUAGUCGUGGAGAUAUUACAAAACUAUGACAUAAAACUCGUCAAGGACAUAAGGUUGAGCCAAAGCCUCGUCUGUUUCUGCACAUGAAACAUGGGCUUAGAGUCACGCUUACUAAGAGAUGUUCAGCUUAAAAUAUUUAAGUUAUAUUGUUGCUCCAGUAAUAAUCUAUUGGAUAUAGUAUAACAAGCAAUACGAUACAUAUGAAUUGUCAAAAUGUUGCGCCAUGGUCUUUCGAAGCUUGGUAUUUCAUGAUUGGUUGAAAAUAUUAUGUAUUAAUGAAGUCUGAAGUGUAAUUUUUUAUAUACUAAAGCACAAAUCAUUCGACCAAUAAAAUUUUGCCGCAUAAUCAAAGAAAUAAAAUAAAAAACUCAAAAGGAUAAACACUGCACAGUAUGUGUUUCAGUUCCAAGACAAAAAAAAAAAAGAAUUAACUCCACCCUCCGGAUAACUACAAUUAUUCUAUCAUAUAUAUUCUCCUUAUCUGAUCAAUGUAUCUCACUCUUUUCUCUGCUACUAUGGCGUUUAUCUAUCAAACCUCAUUCGCUUACAUGUAGGGUUUUCUCAAAAACUUAUGAUUAUUCUUCCUUUCCAAACUCAAGAGGGUCUUUUUUUUUUUGUUCAACAUUAGAGGGUAUUUGAGUGGCAAAAAAGGGGUUUUCUCUCUCUGCAAUUCGCCCUAAUUUUCUCUGCUUUGUCUCUCCACCACCCUAGCGUGCCGCGUGAGAAAGCUCCUUCUUAGUCUUAGCGCCUGUUACUUCAUCGUCAACGACCAGGCUCUCUUUCUGCUGCAGUUGGAGGUGAGGCAUGGUAUUAGGUUCAUGUGGCAGUUUCUCCAUGGUGCUUUUUCAAUCACCCGGAGUUACAGCGGUUUCCAGUUGGUGCUCGAAGACUAGAGAACUUCAUGGUUUCCUUUAGAGCUUCAGCGGUCAGCGAUACCUUAGAGGAGCAGCUUGCAUGGCGUUGGAAUGGUGGGUUUAGUUGCUGUUCCGGCACCUUUUAGUUGGAUUUUGAUCUAAUACAAAAAAAAAAGAUAUGAGUUCAGUAUAACAAUUUUUUUUAAAAAAAAAUGGAGACUCGCAUGGUAAACUAUCACUCACGCCAAAAUAUAUGGUCAUGCGAGGAAAUAUCGUAACAAUUCUAAAACGUUAGACAAAGCAACAAGAAAACAGAUCAUUUUUGCUAUCUCAUAAACAAGACAUCAACCCCUGGUAUCACUUUCUUUGCAAGAAACUCUCAUUUAAGUAACUUAUUCAUCAAGAAAAGUUUGAUUACUCCACAAUGCAGCUUCUUCUUACGUGACUUGAGAACUCGACAUGUUGUGGUAUUAUCUAUCAUCAUGUGUGUAUGAUUAAAGACUAGAGAACUUGACUUAUUGUAGUGUAUAACUAAAGAAAGCCUUUCAUUUUACGCAACGUUGUACUGUCAAAUCUAAAAAUUAUCAUCCUUGUUUACUGGAGAGCACAUCAUCGAUCAUGUGUUUAGUCUAUUCUCUAAGAUUUCUCUGAUUAUCAUUACUAUAGAUCGACACGCUGUUUUCCAGUCAUCACUGAUAUGAAAUUGAAUUUGUUUAAUAAUAGUAAAACGUACUCAAGCAGUUGACUUUAUCAUGUGUAUAUAAAUCAUGUUCCUUCUUCUUCUUCUCCACUACCCACCAUCAAACUUCCCUAAUGGCAUCUAUCGGCUUAUUUGAAGCAUCUAUAUCUCUUUUUUGUUUUCUCAUCUUCUAUUACUUCCUCAUCAAGAAACAUUCUGUUUACUUGCACAUCAAACAAACCGUUCAAAGCUACCCUUGGAACUGGCCUGUUCUUGGGAUGCUUCCAGGUGUGCUCGUGAGGCUCAGUCGGAUCGAUGAUAUCAUCUCGAUCUUAGAGAAGAACAACUUGACAUUUUUAUUAAAGGGUCCAUGGUUUGCUAAAAUGGAUAUGUUGUUCACGGUUGAUCCAGCUAAUAUACAACAUAUGUUAAGCUCAAAUUUCUCCAACUACAACAAAGGACCGGAGUUCAAAGAGUUAAUAGAUGUUUUCGGAGGCUCAAUAUUAAUCGCCGACGGAGAGCUAUGGAAGAGUCUAAGGAUGUCUUCACAGGCCAUCCUCAGUCGUCAAGGUUUUCAAAAUAUGUCAAUGAGUGUCACAACAAGUAAACUCAAGGACGUGCUUCUUCCUCUUUUCAGUCGCUUUUCAGAGGAUGGGACAAUCUUGGACUUGCAGGAAGUGUUCCAGAGAUUCAUGUUUGAUACAACACUAGUUACAACUAUCGGGUCUGAUCCUCAAUCUCUCUCCACUGAGAUGCCAGAGCUUGAGCUCGCAAAAGCCCUCGAAAAUGCUGGGGAAGCCAUUGUAUUUAGACAUUUCAUACCAAGAUUCAUGUGGAAGUUUCAAACAUGGAUGGGACUGGGUCAAGCGAAGAAGUUGAUAGACGCGGGUGCCACUUUUGAUCGAGUCUGUGCCAAAUAUAUAUUAGCAAAGAGAGAAGAGAUAAGAUCACAAGAGAUUGAUCAUGAUCAUGAUCAUCCAGAUGGAGAAAGUGAAGAUGUUUUAACGUAUUUCAUGAAGCUAGAUACAAGCAAGUACGAGCUCUUGAAACCAAGCGAUGAUAAGUUCCUUAGAGACACCAUUGUAGCUAGCAUUCUCGCAAUGAGGGAUACCACUUCCACUGCUCUCACUUGGUUUUUCUGGCUCAUCUCGGAAAAUCCUUACGUGGAAGCCAAGAUUCGCCAAGAGAUCAACACAAAUCUACCAAAAGCCGAAAGUAGUCAAGAGAGACCAUGGUCGGCUAUCGAUCGCAAAGAUUAUUUGAACAAGUUAGUGUAUCUACAUGGGGCGUUGUUUGAAACAAUGAGGCUUUAUCCACCAAUUCCGUUCGAGUGCACCUCUCCCAUAAAAUCAGAUGUACUUCCAAGUGGACAUAGAAUCGAGGCAAACUUUUCUAUUAUCAUCCCAAUCUAUUUGAUGGGGAGGAUGAAAUCCAUAUGGGGAGAAGACGCGUUGCAAUUUAAGCCAGAGAGAUGGAUUUCAGAGACCGGAAAGUUGCGACAUGAGCCUUCUUCCAAGUUCUUUGUGUUUAACUCCGGUCCAAGAAUUUGUCCUGGUAAGAAUUUAGCUAUGCUUGUCAUGAAGAAUGUAGUCGUGGAGAUUUUACAAAACUAUGACAUUAAGCUCGUCAAAGGACACAAGGUUAAGCCAAAGCCUCGUCUUGUUCUUCAGAUGAAGCAUGGGCUUAGGGUCACCCUUACUAAGAGAUGUUCAGCUUGAAAUGUUAAUGUUAGAGUUGCUCCAAUAAUAAUUUAUCGAAUAUAAAAUAACUAGGUGUUUUGUCCGCGAUGCGGGCUUAAACAUUUUCAUAAAUUUUUGAAAAGUUCUUUGUAUAUUAUACUAGUUAUAUUGUGUUUUCCAAAAAGAAUUCUUGCGAUCAAUUUAGUAUCAUCUAUGCAUUGUCUACUCUCGAAUAUAUAAAUAUAUAUAUUUC